AUGUCUUUGGAGAAUGAUGAUAAUAAUAGUAGUGAAGUAAAAGCCAUUAGGUCACAAAUCCUAAACUCGUUGGACAUCCAAUCUAUCAGGCUUACUGUGUUGCUAUUAUUUCACGCAACUGGAGAACAUUAUGACUGGACCAAUCCUACUUUAUUCUAUUUAUUUCAUAAACUCUCGGAUCAAAUAAUGGGCCAAAAUUAA